CGCAUUAAUGUCGUUUUAAUUUCUGUUUAAUUUAUUUUUCACCACGACAUCAAUUUAUAGUAUAUUCUUUUCAUUUUGAUUUCGUUCAAAAUUAAUGUCAUGCAAACAUUUUAUUUUCAUUUUGUUUUCGUUAAUUAUUUAUAGUGCAAUUCAUCUCGUUUUCUUUUCUGUUUCACAUCAUUUUGCAAAGUUGACAUGCGGUCAACUUUUUCCGAGUGAAAAUAAAACGAAACAUCAUGCAGAUUUUAAUAUAAAGCGGAAAUGGGUCCCAAAAAAAUAGCCCUGAAAAGCGCAUUCUCGCCAGAGGAUGACAAACUGGCGCUCGAAUCCAAGUUGGUGACCCUAGUGGAGCCCCACCGCCACAUCUGGGACAUCAAAGACAAGGACUACAAGGUCAACACGAUGCGACAAAAUACUUUUACUAGUAUUGGAGAGCAGCUUGGAAAACCUGGUGACGUGUGUAUGGCACUUUGGCAAAGUUUGAGGACCCAGUACUUGGCCGCGAGACGAGCUCUUCCAACGGGAAGUGGGGCUAAAGCACGAAGUUCCUUCCGACUGUUUGAUGCAAUGUCCUUUAUUUCAGGAGGACAAGAUCAGUCUCAGACCAUUUGUAAUCUUGAUGGUGAUGAGGACGAGACAGAGCAUGCAGAUGACGAAUUCUCAACAAUAAACUUCGCUGACUUGAACGAUGACAACAUUGACACUUCCGUUGUCCCAAUUCAAACUCAAAACUCGGUGCCAGAGUCUAAUCCUCGCCCGAGAUCCCAUGCUAAAUUCGGAGGGAAGAGGAAGCUGGACAGUCUGGAGGAACAAAUGCUUAAUUUUGUCAAGGGAGGUGACUCGAAGGAUGACGAAUUUGAGCGAUUUGGGAAGACCUUGGCUGCAAAACUUCGCAAAAUUCAUGAAAAGGAUCCCAAGGCUGCUGCGACCUGCGAAUAUGAACUGCAUGGGGUUUUGUACAAAACAGAACUCGAUAUUUUGUAAUUACAGUUACUAUACAAUACAUAUAACUAUAUUUAAUAGGCGUUGAGUUUAUGUUGCAUAUCCAAAAUUUGUAUUUGUAGUUUAUUUCAAGAUGUGGUGAAAUAAAAACUGCUCAAAAUAAUUUACAAAUCAAUGCACUCAAAAAGAUUAUAACACAAUAUA